CAGUCGCGCGCAGCUGGACCCAGGCACGCAGUUGGGCCUCAGCAGUGCACAGGGUCGGUCCGAGCCUCAUGGAGCUGAGCCUAGCGGGGCGCCGGGCGCUCGUCACUGGGGCGGGCAAAGGCAUCGGGCGCAGCACUGUCCAGGCGCUGCACGCGGCGGGUGCACAAGUGGUGGCUGUGAGCCGGACCCAGGCCGACCUGGACAGCCUGGUCCGCGAGUGCCCAGGGGUAGAGCCUGUGUGUGUGGACCUGGGUGACUGGGAGGCCACGGAGCGAGCGCUGGGCGGCGUGGGCCCUGUGGACCUGCUGGUGAACAAUGCUGCCGUGGCGCUGCUGCAGCCCUUCCUGGAGGUCACCAAGGAGGCGUGUGACACGUCUUUUGACGUGAACCUUCGGGCUGUCAUCCAGGUGUCCCAGAUCGUGGCCCGAGGCUUAAUAGCUCGGGGAGCCCCGGGGUCCAUCGUGAAUGUCUCUAGCCAGGCCUCCCAGCGCGCACUGACUAACCACAGCGUCUACUGUGAGCAAGCCCCGGCUGUGCCCUGCCCCUCACCCCCCACCCCCCAGCCUGAGCAGCCAGCUCAGGCUCCACACAGGCUGUCUCUCCUCACAGGCUCCACCAAGGGUGCCUUGGACAUGCUGACCAAGGUAAUGGCUCUGGAGCUUGGGCCACACCAGAUCCGUGUGAAUGCACUCAACCCCACAGUGGUGAUGACACCCAUGGGCCAGGCCAACUGGAGCGACCCCCAGAAGGCCAAGACCAUGCUGGAUCGCAUCCCACUUGGCAAGUUUGCCGAGGUGGAGAACGUGGUAGACACCAUCCUCUUCCUGCUGAGUGACCGCAGCAGCAUGACCACGGGCUCCACUGUGCCGGUAGAUGGAGGCUUCCUGGCUACCUGAGCCCCUCCACCCACACACACACAUGUUCCAUGCUGAGCCCACUUUUACCCCCACCCCCCUUCCCCAUCCCUCCAAUAAACAUGAUUCUUCUGCCCA